UCCAGAGAGAGUGGAAGAGAGGGGAGGAGAGAGAGAAACAUCAGUGUGAGAGAGAGACAUCAACUGGUCGCUUCCCAUUUGUGGGAUCAAACCUACGACUCAGGGUGCAAAAUCAAGGCUCUGCGGGCCAAGACGAACACAUACAUCAAGACGCCGGUGCGUGGGGAGGAGCCCAUCUUCAUCGUAACUGGCCGCCAGGAGGACGUGGAGAUGGCCAAACGCGAGAUCCUGUCUGCGGCGGAGCACUUCUCGGUGAUCCGAGCCACCCGCAGCAAGGCCGGUGGGCUGCCCGGCACUGCGCAGGGCCCACCCAACCUGCCGGGACAGACCACCAUCCAGGUGCGCGUGCCCUACCGCGUGGUGGGGCUGGUGGUGGGGCCCAAGGGCGCCACGAUCAAGCGCAUCCAGCAGCAGACGCACACGUACAUCGUGACGCCCAGCCGCGACAAGGAGCCCGUGUUCGAGGUGACGGGCAUGCCCGAGAACGUGGACCGCGCGCGCGAGGAGAUCGAAGCGCACAUCGCCCUGCGCACCGGCGGCAUCAUCGAGCUCACGGACGACAACGACUUCCACUAA